AUGGCUUUGGACUUGUCCAGAGAGCUGAGUUACUGGCCUUUGAAGUUGGCAGCGCCGAGAGAGUGUGAGGAAGGGAGAGGGCGCAGGCGAGGAGAGUGUCUGCGCCCUCCACUCUCUCGCCGGACACUUCAAACGGCUGUAACUCAGCUCAAAAACAGUCAAAACUACACUCAAUUAUCGUUAAUUGGUGCUUAUGUUUAUCCCACCUACAUUUCAAUCACAAUAAAUUCACAAUCAAUGGUCAAACAGCCGGUAUACUGUAGAUAUUACGAUUGUCAAAGGAAUGAACUUUUGGGGUCGCACUGGAAAAGUACAGUAUUCCCAGAAUCUGUAGUUCAUUGUCCAAGAAGGAUAGGGGCCGAGUUUGUGUCAAUUUCAAGGGAGAUGGAUGACAGAGCACCAACUCCAAUGAGACUCAAGUUUCGAAUUUUUGAUAAACCGGUCCAUAAUUUCACCAUAUGUGUGGCCGCUUUCUACGGUCAAGAACCCAAAUGGAUUCAAAUCGCAGAAUUCAUAGAGCAUCAUAAAAUGGAAGGAGCCACAUUUUUUUAUUUUCACAUUGGAAAUAUUUCGGAUUACGAUCGCCGCAUUUUGGAUGAGUAUCAGAAUAGCGGUGACAUCGAAGUGAAAGUUUUACAAGAGAAAUACGAGCGACCGUUCUAUGCAUGGCAGCUGAUUGAAAUUCAGGAUUGCCACAUGCGUUCCAAAUAUCACUCCAAGUGGACCGCAUUCAUCGAUAUCGAUGAACGAAUUCAUACAACUGGAAAAGACAAAAAAUUCAUAGAUAUUCUGAAUGAAUUGGAUUCAACAAACUCAGCAGAAGUCAAAUUACCUCAUUUAAAAGUGAUAAAAAAUGGAGAGACUCCGAAAUUUUAUGAAGUUCGGAUCAGUAACCCUGACCAUAAUUCUUUGCAGAUUGGAAUAAUGUCAAUUCAUGAGGCAAUCGCCUUGGAACCCGGAUUCAAAAGCGUGCAAUUGGAUGCGAAUACUGUAGUUUUUAGACAUUACAAGGAUACACUACACCGAGUAUCUGGAAAUGAUUGGGCCCAAAAUGAGACGAUAUCUGAAAAUCCCAUAGAUUCAAAAUAUACAGAUUUUUUGGCUGAAAAAGUGGUCCAAAAAGUGGAAAAUGCCUAUAAAAAAAUUCCAGCCAAUUGCUCAACAAUUCCAGUUUAUAUGACGUCGUCUCGAGAUUUCCCCGACCCCUUGCCUAGUCAAGUUUAUACUCAUUUUAAAGCUGGCAACAAGCCAAAUAUGAAUAAAUUAGAUUGGUCAAACUUAGAGAAGAAAUUGGGAAAACCGCGUCGUGUUUAUACUCAUUUUGAAGCUCUAAACAAGACAAAUUCAGAAAAACUAAGAAUGACCAAAUUCGAAUAA